GCGCCGCUGUGCUCCUCCCACCGGCCGGUCCCCGAGGAAGGACGUUCUAGCCGGCCGCCUACUCGAUGGUGGGGCCCGGGGCCACCCGGGCCCUGGGCGCUGCCACGUUGGAAGCCGAGGGUGGGAGUCACGGCUGCGACAGCCCCGGGCACUGCCAGAGCCGGGCGAGCUCCGCUGGGCAGAUGCUGGAAGUGCGCCCGGGGCUGUACCUGGGGGGAGCAGCGGCUGUGGCAGAGCCGGACCGCCUGAGGAAGGCGGGCAUCACGGCGGUGCUGACGGUGGACUCAGAGGAGCCUGACUUCAGGGCGGCAGUUGAGGUCGAGGGUCUGCGGAGCCUCUUCGUGCCGGCGCUGGACAAGCCCGAGACCGACUUGCUCAGCCAUCUGGACGGGUGCGUGGCCUUCAUUGGCCAGGCCCGCGCCGAGGGCCGUGCGGUGUUGGUGCACUGUCAUGCAGGAGUCAGUCGAAGUGUGGCUAUAAUAACUGCUUUUAUGAUGAAGACUGACCAACUUACCUUUGAAAAAGCCUAUGAAAACCUCCAGACUAUCAAGCCAAAGGCUAAGAUGAAUGAGGGGUUUGAGUGGCAAUUGAAAUUAUACCAGGCAAUGGGAUACCAAGUAGAUACCUCUAGUGCAAUUUAUAAGCAAUAUCGUUUACAAAAGGUUACAGAGAAGUAUCCAGAAUUGCAGAACUUACCUCAGGAACUUUUUGCUGUUGACCCAACCACCCUUUCACAAGGAUUGAAAGAUGAGGUUCUCUACAAAUGUAGAAAGUGCAGGAGGUCUUUAUUUAGAAGUUCUAGCAUUUUGAAUCAUAAUGAAGGAAGUGGUCCUAUAGCUUUUGCCCACAAGAGAAUGAUACCAUCUUUCAUGCCAACCACAGGGAGUCAGGCUCAAUGUACAUCUUAUUUCAUUGAACCUGUACAGUGGAUGGAAUCUACUUUGUUGGGAGUAAUGGAUGGACAGCUUCUUUGCCCCAAAUGCAAUGCCAAGUUGGGUUCUUUCAAUUGGUAUGGUGAACAGUGCUCAUGCGGUAGAUGGAUAACACCUGCUUUUCAAAUACAUAAGAAUAGAGUGGAUGAAAUGAAAAUGCUGCCAGUUUUGGGAUCACAAGCAAGAAAAAUAUGAACUUGUGACAUUUAAUAGCUGGGAAAGAAACAAGCUGAUGAGACAGUGUGAUGCAGUGAAGAUAGUGCUGAAGUAGAAUUCAGAGAGUGGGCUGUAGUAAUUCUGGCUCUACUGAUGUCUAUCUUUCUGGAGUAAGCAAGUCUUUUGAAAAUUGAGGGUCAGAUUUCUCCUUUGCAAAAUGGGAUUAACACAUGCUCUGUGCUCCUGACAAGUUUGUUUUAAAGAUUCUUUGCAUUAGCCUUAAUUCUUUCCUACAUAAAAUAGUAUCUACAUCUGGGUUUUUAGAGGAUUUUUGUGGUAUAAUACAAGUAAAGAACUUAAUAUAGUGCCUAGCUGGUAGCAUUAAACAUUUUUCCUUAAAAUAGCUGCAAUUUACUGAGAAUUUACCAUGUGCCAGUCACUAUGCUAGGCAUUCAAUAUGUAUUACCUAAUUUAAUCUUCCCAACGACCCUAUGAGAUAGGUCAUAUUAUUCCCAUUUUAUAGGCAAAAUUGAGGCUUAGAAAGAUAAGUCACUUGGUCAAAGUUACAUUGCUAGCAAAUGGUUGAACCUAGAUUAGAACCAAGGUUUGGUUUAUUCCAAAAUCUGAGCUUUUAACCUCUGUCUCCUAAAGUUUGGGUUUACUCUUCAAGGUGAUGAUAUAAAGACGUUACACUGAAAAUGUUAAUCAGAUUGUAAAAUCUAAUAGUACUGAUGAAAUGCGGUUUCAAACCAAGUUGUAAGUUAGUUAGAUAGCCCACCAAUAUUUACAGAGUUCUGACAAGAGUACAGAUUGAGGCCCACAUACUAUUUGUCUUAAUAUUUUAAAAUCAAGCUACCAAACUAUUAAAUGUUUUAUUCUUGUAUCUUGACAAAUAUACCCUCAUAAUGACCUGGAAGGUAAAGAUUUGGAUUUACAGUUCCCUGACUUUGUGGAGUUCUAUGAUGGCAAUGUGAGGAGAGUUGACCCACAGACUGCCUCCUUUCCACACCCCUGGAUUUGUUCAUAUGCCUGGUGCAUAUGUAUAUGUGGACUCCCCAACUCACAUUUCUAAAUUCCGUCUACACCCAAGGAUUCAUUCAUCAUACACCAUUGGCACAAUUCACCCAGGAAGUCAGAGGCCUGAGCAAACCUUAGAAGCAUGCUGGGGGCUAUUUGGGUACGUCUAAAAGGGCCGUGUGUUCUGGAUGGCGCAUCACCUUGACACCAUGGAUUCCUGCCCUGUGGGAAGAGACAGUGCCAAAUGCCAGAGCAGAGACCUCUCAAGUGUGGAUCUAGGCAAGGAGAUCCUUUAUGUCCCUAGACAAAAACUCUUUUAAAUUUCAUUUCUCUUUCAAGGGUUUAUGUUGAAAGCAAAUAAAAAAUUAAGAAAGGAUUCAGUAACAUUCAACAUUUUUUAAAAAGAAAGCAUGGUAACUAGAAUGGAAGGAGUGAAUAAUCAGAGUAUAUAUAUAAAAACCCUCAACCACAGAAAAUUUCUUGAUGAAAAUUGAAAAUGAAAGUUUUGUAUUAAAAAAACUACAGAAAAAAAUCUUAAUGGUAAAACUUUCUGGAACUUUUAUUUCAAAGUUGGGAGCAAGUUAUAAUAUACCUACUCACAUAUCUACCUUCAGUACUGUACUAGAGGUCCUAGCCAUUGCAAUAAUAUAAGGGGAAAAAAGGGUUUAA